CUAAAAUUUACUUAUUCGUUAGUUAGUUUAAAGUUGGUCAACACAAUCACUAAUUCCACAUCCACAUGUAUCUUGAUAUGUGUACAUUUUUAUAGUCAUAUUGGCUUUGAUUUUUCAUGUCACUUCACAUUUCCCCGUAACAGACUGAGCGAAAUGAAUUUUCCAUUCGUAUUCCAAAAUUCGAUGUGUUAACACCUUUGAAAAUAGUUUGUGUCUUACGUUUUCCGGUACCUAUUUUGUUGUUUCUAAGAUCCUAUUUCUGUAAAUAGGCCAAAUUCCACUUAGCUGCCCUUUUAGAAGGAAAUUAGGAUACCCUGAACGCUUUUCCCCAAGACAAAAUAAAAUCGUAAAUCAUGUGCUGCGGACCCUGUGGACCUCGCUGCUGCGAUCCGUGCGGCGGAUGCUACAACUGCUGCGUGGAACUCUGCUGUGUACCCUGCACCCCAGCCUACAUCCAGUGCUCAUUUAUGCCCUGCGGACCAAGAGGCUGUUGCUGAAGUGGGGAUGUGCCAGGUGCCGAAACACGUUCAACCAUAUUGUACCUGAAACACUCGUAGAUACCCAACAUGUCCCAAUAAACGAAUUUUAUAAAUGUU